AUGAUCUCUCCUAACCUCGCCUCCUUUCUUCCCCUGCCCAGGGCUCGGAAAGAAUGAUACUUUGAAUUCCCCCUGCUAGAGCACUACCUGGCAUGUAAGCAGCGCUCACAUUCACUAGUGGCUACCUACCUCCUCAGGAAUGCCCUCCUACUCCUCUUCACCUCAGCCACCUACCUGUACCUUGGCCACUUCCACCUGGAUGUCUUCUUCCAAGAGGAAUUCAGCUGCUCCAUCAAGAGAGGGCUGCUAAGUGAUGAGACCUACGUCCCUCAUCUGAUCAUGUGCAGGCUAACUUUCCUGUCUGUCUUCCAGAUUGUUAGCCUCUCCAGCGUAGCAAUAUACACCCUGUUGGUCCCAGUGAUACUAUACAACCUCACCCGGCUAUGUAGGUGGGACAAACGACUCGUGUCUAUCUAUGAGAUGCUUCCAGCUUUUGAUCUCCUCAGCAGAAAGAUGCCGGGAUGCCCCAUCAAUGACCUCAAUGUGAUCUUUCUUUUCCUCCGAGCCAACAUCUCUGAGCUCAUCUCUAGCUUGUUAAUUGUCUUAUGUAUGUUAAAAGACACAACCACUCAGAAGCACAACAUUGACACAAUGGUCGAUUUCAUGACUUUAUUGGCUGGCUUAGAGCCCUCAAAACCUAAAUAUCUCACCCCCCGGGUAUGUGAUGAACACUCAUAA